GAAUUUGUUUCAUUGGGUCGUCAUACGUGGCGUUGUAAAGAUAGAAUCGAUUUCAACCAACAGUCCAAAGAAAAUGUAGUCCCUGCUGUUGAAAUUCGCUCUCAAGAAUGUUUGCCACCAAGUUCGUAUAAAGCCCUUAAAUGCUGUUGUGGUAGAGUGUGUAAAGGCGCUCGGAGUUUAAAAAUGCAUCAGCGUAGUUGCAGAGGAAUUGAUGGCAUGGAGGAGAAAUUACAACAACAAAUGACAGACGCUUUAAAUGACCAAGUAUGCGAGGACAGCGUUCAAUCAGUAGAGGACGUAAUUUCGAGUUUAAAUUCUCAAGAAAGCUACCCUGAUUUGAAGAAAGGAAUAAAACUGCCUAAAUCUCCUAUAAAGUGGUCAAAUGCUAACGACUUUUUUCAAUUCACUCUUUCAACCCGCCAAUUACAACGCAAGAAAUCAGAAAAUGCAUCAAUACCAUGA